ACACUGGCGGACCUCCUCCAGCUCCUUCUGCUGCCCUUCAAGAUGAUCGAGGCUGCAAACAAUUUCUUCUGGCCCCUGGGGGAUACACUCUGUGCGCUCAUGGGUUUUGGCUUCUACAGUGGCAUCUACUGCAGCACGUGGUUGCUGGCGGGCAUCAGCAUCGAGCGCUACCGCAGCGUGGCUUUCCCCAUGCAGUACAAGCUGUCCCGCCGGCCUGUGUACGGAGUGAUUGGUGCUGUGGUCGCCUGGGUAUUGUCCUUUGGACAUUGUAGCAUUGUGAUCAUUGUCCAAUACUUACCAACCAACAAUACUCACCCACCAUCAGCCAAAGGAAACAAUGUCUGCUACGAGAACUUCAGCAAAGAGCAGCUGGACGUGGUGCUUCCUGUGCGGCUGGAGCUCUUCCUCAUCCUCUUCCUCAUCCCCAUGGUGGUCACCGUCUUCUGCUACUGGCGCUUCGUGCAGAUCAUGCUCUCCGGUGCCCAAGUGGGGGCCUGGAAGCGCUGGAGAGCCGUGGGGCUGGCCGCUGUGACCCUCUUCAAUUUCCUGGUGUGUUUUGGUCCCUACAAUGUGUCUCACGUGGUGGGGUUCUUCCAGCAGGGAAGUCCAAGCUGGCGGCUGUGCGCGGUGUUGAUCAGUGCUCUCAAUGCUUGCAUCGACCCCUUGAUUUUCUAUUUCUCCUCCUCAGUGGUGCGCAAAGCCUUCGAAAAAAGGUUACAGAUUCUGCGGAGCUGGGGUGCCUCACUGUUAGGGCGCUGGAGGGGAAGAGCUGGAAAGCUAGCUGCAGAGAGAGGAAAUGAGAGCUUAAGUACAUCCAAUGUCAGUUUUACAGAGGACUAAAUUCACCAGCUUGGCGCUAUGUUUUUUGAGGAAGAGGACUCAAAAGGGGGAACAAUGAACAGAACAGGGGCAAGUUCUCCUGUGCCUAGCUUAAGGGGCAAAGAAGAGCAGUGGGCAUCUCAAAUCCAACUCAUCCAUUGGGUGAGUGUCUUCAUUUUAUCUCCCGGGGUUGAUGACAUUUCCUUGUCUGUGGUUGGUACGGCUUCGUGGUGAGCCACAAGCCCUUUUAUCCUUGGAAUUCUUUACCUUCCCCACCCAGUAUCUAUCAGAUGAUAGUGUUCAUUUAUCCACUGCAGAGCUCUUUGCUCUG